GACAGUAGGCUGAAGCAGCGGCGACUACGCAAUUGUCCGCUGUGUGCGCUGGGCUUUUGUCCCUUUCAUGCAAUGUCGUGGGAGGGAUACAUGAUCUUGUCAGCGGGCAGGUUCAGCCUAAAUGUUUCCUGAUGAGAAACAGGAUCACGGUGACAGCUCUGGGCCAAAUUUGACAGCCAAGCGCUCUCCAGGGUUUCAGUUGGACGAGAAUUGGGGAGUUUGGACCUCUUAAGACAUCCUGCCCUCAAGAGGCUUCACGCAUAACACCAUGUAUGGUGAAUCAUAAAUGAAGGACACAAAUAGAAAGUAGCAGAAAUAUUCAAAAGAGGAGUUUUUAGAAGUGCACAACACAUUAAACGUUUUAUGCAAUUCAGAAGAAUUCAGAUUCGCUUUUGAUGUGAAGGACAGCCCCUAUCCCCUCCUCCGUCUGAACCUAACCUCGCAGCAUGGGAUUCCACAUGGCACACUGAAGAGCGCAACUGAAAGAACGGCAACUCUUACAACUCUUAUAGCACAAUGGCCAAAUCCAAGUCACGUUGUCGCUGUCUCCUGUGUUUUGGUUUGUUAUGCGCCGUGGGUGUCGUUGCUGUGUGCUGCAUCGUCUAUUUCUCCAGAGAGCAACCCUCCGAUGGUACCUUCAAGAGCGCAGCAGUGGCUGCAGACUCCGAACUGUGUUCCAAUAUCGGCAGGGACAUGCUGAAGAAGGGGGGCUCAGCAGCAGAUGCAGCCAUCGCUGCCUUGAUUUGCACGUCACUGGUGAAUCCCCAGAGCAUGGGCCUGGGGGGUGGAUCCAUCUUCACCAUCAUGGACAAGGCUGGUAAAGUCACUGUCAUCAGUUCCAGAGAGACGGUCCCCAAUUCCUUCAAAGCUGAUCUGCUGAAGGGCUGCAGUCCAGGACCAUUCCACCAUGGCCCCCAGUGGAUAGGAGUUCCUGGUGAGCUCCGUGGCUACCAGGAGGUUCACCGUCGCUAUGGGAAACUGCAGUGGGCAGAGCUUUUCAAGCCCUCCAUCCGGUUGGCUCGCGAGGGCUUCCGCAUGCCACCCUACCUGGCACAUUUCAUCAAUCACAAAGAAAUGGAUCUAUUGUUUAAGUUUUCAACUCUCUGUGAAGUGUUCUGUCACAAGAACAAAACACGUUUGAACGUUCAGGACACUCUGAGGUACCCAAAGUUGGCCGAAACCAUGGAAACCAUUGCGAAACAGGGGGCCGAUGCCUUCUACACUGGCACCGUUGCAAAUGACUUAAUUCAAGACAUCCGUGAGGCAGGGGGUUCAUUGACUCUGGAGGAUCUGAAGUCUUUCCAAGUGAGAGAGAGUGAGGCCUGGGCCGUCCCAAUGGGAGAGUAUACCAUGCACAUCCCCCCACCACCAGCAGGAGGAGCCAUACUCAGCUUUAUCCUCAACAUCAUGCGAGGCUUCCACCUCUCGCCGGACUCUUUGAGCGGGAAGGAGAAAAUCCACACCUUCCAGCGUUUCAUUGAGGCCUUCAAGUUUGGUAACGGACAGAAGAAGAAUAUCAGAGACCCCAAGUUCAGCAGUGUUAAGGUGCCUUAUUUGAUCAGAGAGGACUUUGCUGCCAAGGUCAGAGGUUUGAUCAGGAACGACAUUACCCACAAUGCAUCUUACUAUAACGUGACGCCGUCACAGGACCGGAUGGGGACCACUCACGUGUCAGUCAUCGCAGAGGAUGGCACCGCUGUUUCUGUCACCAGCACCAUCAACCAAAUGUUUGGGUCCUUGAUCUACUCCAGAAAGACUGGCAUCUUCCUGAACAACGAGCUGGGAGACUUCUGUGGGAGAGCCGAGAGCAUCACUGCAGGUGAGCAGCCACCAUCGUCCAUGGCUCCGGUGAUCCUGCACUCCGAGAAGAAGACCCUGGUGAUCGGGGGAUCGGGGGGCAGCCUCAUCACCUCUGCCAUGGCCCUGUCCAUAGCAAACCACCUGUGGCUGGGGAUGAGUCUUCAGGAUGCGAUUGCGUCUCCCAUCGUUUUUGUGCUUGGCAAUAAUGAUGUCUGCUUUGAGAACGGAUCUGAUCAGGCAGUGAAGGAGGCCUUGCUGAGUUUGGGGCACAAGAAGGGGAACUGGAACUACUUCCUGAACGUGGUGAACGCCGUGUCGAAGGAGAGAGGCAGCAUCCAGGCCGUGUCUGACGCCAGGAAGGGGGGGAAAGUGUCCGGCUACUAACCAGUGACAGGCCAGUGGCUUCAUCCUGACCAGACCAGAACCCUUGACUGACCAGUGGAAGACCAGCACCCCCUACUGAGCUGUGGCUGAUGGCAGUCUCCUUACACUCUACAACCCCAUGACCAGUGGGAUCUCUAAGCACUGUCAGCAAAUAGGGGCUCUCCAGUCAGUCAGCACCCAACCUUAUUCCCCCCAACCCAACAUACACACACAUUCACACACACCGGUGUGGCGGGUACACACACUCACACAUUCACACACCACAUGUGCGUGGCCACACACUCACAUACACACACACACAUUGCCAAUACCACUUUUAGAUGCUAUUGUGACCCGAACCUGCCAUCCCAUACCCCACACACCAUCCCAUACAGAUCUGAGCCAUAUCUGAGCCUGAUGUGUUCCAGAGUUGGCUGCUCUCUGGGCUCUCUGAUAACCCCCCCCCCCCACCCCCUGUCCUCCAGACUUAAGGCCGAAAUAUACUUCUACGACUCUGUUACUGCAUGGUCACGCAGUUGCUUCGACAGACUUGUGAACAUUUAUAGUUCUCCGUCGGUUGGUGGGUGCGCAAAGCAAUUUAAAAAAAAGAUUUGUAUUUGUAUUUGUACCUAAAAGUUGUUUGUUUGACUUUUUUUUUGCUUAGAUUUUUUAAAGUUACAGAGAAAU